AUGGUGUUACAUGAGAUAAUUCACAGGAGGGAGAAAACAUGUGACUGCAGAUUGUGUGAAAGUUUCAUUAGAAAUUCCCAGAAACCAUUUGAAUGUCCUGACUGUGGGAAACGUUUCAGUUGGAAUUCCCACCUGGUGAUACACCAGAGGACUCAUGCAGGAGAGAAACCCUUUGAAUGUCCUACCUGUGGGAAAAACUUUAGCAAUAAUUUUAAUCUGGUGACACACCAGAGGACUCACACAGGAGAGAAACCCUUUGAAUGUCCUGAUUGUGGGAAAAGUUUUAGUCUGAGUUCCAGCCUGGUGACACACCAGAGGACUCACACAGGAGAGAAACCCUUUGAAUGUCCUAUCUGUGGGAAACACUUCAGCAAUAAUUUCAAUCUGUUGACACACCAGAGGACUCACACAGGAGAGAAACCCUUUGAAUGUCCUGACUGUAGGAAACGUUACAGUCAGAAUUCCCACCUGGUGAUACACCAGAGGACUCACACAGGAGAGAAACCAUUUGAAUGUCCUGACUGUGGGAAAAGUUUCAGUCGGAAUUUCCACCUGGUGAGACACCAGAGGACUCACACAGGAGAGAAACCCUUUGAAUGUCCCAUUUGUGGGAAAAGUUUUAGUGAUAAUUCCAGCCUGGUGACACACCAGCGGACUCACACAGGAGAGAAACCCUUUGACUGUCCUGAUUGUGGGAGAGGUUUCAGUCAGAAUUCCCAUCUGGUUCAACACCAGUGGACUCACACAGGAGAGAAACCCUUUGAAUGUCCAAUCUGUAGGAAAACCUUCAGUCACAAUUCCCACCUGAUGGUACACCAGAGGACUCACACAGGAGAGAGACCCUUUGAAUGUCCUAUUUGUGGGAAAAGCUUUAAUCAGAAUUCCAAUCUGGUGAAACACCAGAGGACUCACACAGGAGAGAAACCCUUUGAAUGUCCUAUCUGUGGGAAAGGUUUUAGUGAUAAUUACAGCCAGGUGAAACACCAGAGGACUCACACAGGAGAGAAGCCCUUUGAAUGUCCUAUCUGUGGGAAAAGCUUUAGGGAUAAUUUCCGCCUUGUGAGACACCAGAGGACUCAUACAGGAGAGAAACCCUUUGAAUGUCCUAUAUGUGGGAAAAGCUUUCGUCAGAAUUCCCAUCUGGUGACACACCAGAGGACGCACACAGGAGAGAAACCCUUUGAAUGUUCUGAUUGUGGGAAACGUUACAGUCAGAAUUCCUACCUGGUGAUACACCAGAGGACUCACACAGGAGAGAAACCCUUUGAAUGUCCUAUCUGUGGGAAAAGCUUUAGCAAUCAUUCCAAUCUGGUGACACACCAGAGGACUCACACAGGAGAGAAACCCUUUGAAUGUCCUGAUUGUGGGAAAAGUUUUAGUCUGAGUUCCAGCCUGGUGAUGCACCAGAGGACUCACACAGGAGAGAAACCCUUUGAAUGUCCUAUCUGUGGGAAAAGCUUUAGCAAUCAUUCCAAUCUGGUGGCACACCAGAAGACUCACACAGGAGAGAAACCCUUUGAAUGUUCUGAUUGUGGGAAAUGUUACAGUCAGAAUUCCAACCUGAUGACACACCAGCGGACUCACACAGGGAAAAGAAUGCCAAAGAGAGCACUGUGGAAAACUGAAUCUCAAGCAGCAUUAAAAUGCAAAGAAAACCAAGGCAGCAAUCAAAAACCUAUUAGUUCCUCUGGAAAUCCCCAAAACUCUUCUUCCCCAUCGGCUUACAGAUAAAGAAGACGAAAUUAGGAAAAGAGUUUUGAGUUGGACAAAAUAUGGAGUAUCUGGAAGAAACAUAUCAAAAUAUUAAGGAGAAUAAUUUUUUAGUUCAGAAAAAGAUGGAAAUAUCUGGAAGUCAGUGGAAAUGAAAAGGUCACUUGGACAGCCAGAUAAGGCAGACCAUAAUGCAGGCCUCGCCCUGUGAGGAAGGAAACUUGAAUCUAUGCUCCAUCCAACAAGGGAUUGAGAGUAUUUUUGGUGUCCCUGAGAAUCCAGGAAUGUCAGUGGUGGAAAAGAUCCACAGAUCUGUCUAUUGUGGGAAAAGCAAAGAUUGUAGAAUUAUGCUUGAGAGGAUCCACACUGGAGAAAAGCCAUACCAGUGUUCCC